UCCGCAACUCCGCUUCUUUCGCAACUCCGCUUCCUCAUCAUCUUCCGGAUUCUUUGCAUUCUGACGCCAUUCUGAAAGGGAGAUAAUUAUGUCCGCCCAGCGACCGCGCCAACGGCUUCCGAUAUCCUGUGAGCCAUGCCGUGUUCGCAAGAUCCGCUGUACCCGAGAUUCUCCUCCUUGUGCCACUUGCGUGCGGCGCCGCAUUUCACCUGCACAAUGCGUUUAUAGUACCACUAAACAACCUCGAAGAUCCCCGCAUCGAGCACAGCCACCAUCAAGACCGCAGCAACAAUCACGGCAGAGUACCAUAGACCCCGCUGUCUCUCAACCCCAGCACGAUCGCUCUUCAGGAGAAGGGUCCAAUGCGGAUCUCGUAGCACGGAUUGAAAAACUGGAAGAGAUAUUGAAUGGAGAAGCCCAGCUACAAGAUACCGGCCAUUCUUGCUCGACUGUUCCUAGGGCUUCCGAAAGCGAAGAUGCGCCGCUGAGAUCAGAGUUUCCUCCAGCUUUCGCAACCGGCACGCUCAUUCCGUCUGCUUCAGGACACGUGCGAUUCCUUCCUAUGACGUCCAGCUGGCGCCUUGUUCAUCGAGCCUCUCAAGGGGCUUGUUUUCCUGAUCGAGAGAGUGCUUUUAGCAACACACCCAGCGGCCCAUAUCCCUUUGGCGAACAUGACAUACAAAGCAGGUCCAAUCUUUUGGCGCUCCUUCCUCCAAGGGAGUAUUGUGACAAAUUAAAAGUUGUCUAUUUUCAAUCGUUCGCCCCAGUUUUUCCCAUCUUACACUGCCCUACGUUUGAGAAGCAAUACGCUGGAUUCUCUGAGAACCCAGAUCAAGUGUCAUUGGCAUGGCUGGGCCUCUUAUUCUGUGUCCUGGGAACCGCCGUUCUUGCUCUGGAAGAUGACAGUCAUCUGUUGAAGGCUCUGAGCCGUAAGGACACCCCUUAUGGAAGGCUCAAUGAGAUCUCGGAGCGGUAUUACUCAGCCGCAAUGAAGUGCCUCGAGGCAGAUCGAUAUCUCUGGCGACAAAAUAUAUCCACGCUGCAAGCUCUUCUUAUUCUCAUAUAUGGGAUCCAACAUAGCCAUGGACAGACCUGGACGCUUCUUGGGCUUGUCUACUUCCUCUCGCUCUCAAUCGGUUGUCAUGUUGACCCGGCCAUGCUUUCUCUGGAUAUUGUUGAAGCUGAGGAGCGUCGUCGUUGUUGGUUAGCCCUCACGACGCUGCUCUGCAAUCAGAAUAUCUCGAUAACGGGAUUUGACAUAUACCCAGCGGUUUUCUCGCGUGUUCUCCCACCUGCUGAGGUUUCUGACGAAAGCAUUGUCUCCGGACAGCCUGCACCGAUCGAAGGAUCGUUGGGUUUGGGCAGUACACCUGUCUCAUAUCUGAUCCGGAAAUCAAAGUUAUUUCGUAUAUCAUCGGAGAUUUCUAACCCGGCUUUUCUUGCACAACCGGAAAAUCUUGGUGUUCUUCACCGUCUGGAUUCUACCAUACGAGCGGAGUUGAAUUCACUCGAGCAAAGUUACUCUUCGACCCCCGGGGUAGACCCCUUCGUAGUUCACAACAACCUGCUGCUCAGCUUUACCCAUCAUCUGAUUCUACUUUUACAUAGUGCUACACUGAGCGAAUUACCUUCUGACUCGACUACGCAUGGCUGGUCGAAGAAGCUCUGCAUGGAAAGUGCACAGCGAGUUUUGGAACUUCAUGCCGACUUCCACCAUCUACCCCAAUUUACGCCAUUUCGUUGGUAUAUCCGCGGCCAAGGCUCUUUCCAUGCCUUUCACGCUGCUUUCGUUCUGAUGUUCAUUCUUUCUUUGGAGCCAAAAGAAUCCCUAUCUGUGAACACCGUGCGACUUCUUCACGAAUGUCAUGCGCGACUAGAAGCCUCAAAGACACAUAGUCAGUUAUGCACCCGGACAGCAACUAUCCUUGGCCAGAUGUUAUCAAGCGGGUUAGUGGAGAAUCAAAGGGCAACACCAGGUGGACUCGACCGUGGCCAACGCAUCUCUCCAUUGCAGCAAGAUAGCUCGAGUAGUGCCAUGAACACUAUGGGUAGAAGAUAUGACUUAGACUCACUUGAGAGCAAUGUCUUUCCCAGCCUUUUCCGGCAGAUCGAGCCCCAGCAGUGGACCAACCCGAUCAAUAUGGAUUGGGAACAAUGGGAGUUGAUAACGGCAUCAUUGGGAACAACAUCUUGAAUAAACGCCCAAGGAGACUGCUCCUAUUCUAUUGAAUACUCAUAAACUGGC